UUGGAACGUCGUGUCGCCAGCGGGCUGUCAGUUGUGGGGAGAGAGGAGGAAUCGGUCCAGCAUCUCUGGAGCAGCGGAGCGAAGCGGAUGACAGCGACACACAUCAGCUAAAAUGAGGAGAUUUUAGCUCGAUGUUUCCCCACACUGGACGUUUAAAACGUGGAUGUUUAAAGACUGACCCUGCUCGUCUGCCGUAGAUCAGCGCGCAGAUCUGACUUUAUUCUAUCAAUGAGAUAUGUGGAGUGGCUCUACCGCCCGGUGGUAACGCAGAAAAACACAAGAUGAAGAAGCAGUUCAACCGAAUGAGACAGCUCGCCAACCAAACAGUGGGCAGGGCUGAAAAAACAGAAGUAUUAAGUGAAGAUCUACUACAGGUGGAGAAACGUCUGGAGCUGGUCAAACAGGUUUCCCACAGCACACACAAGAAGCUGACCGCCUGUCUGCAGGGCCAGCAGGGCGUGGACGUGGACAAGAAGUCUGUCAGGUCGCCCUCGAAGAAGCUUCCACUUACAACGCUAGCACAAUGUUUGGUGGAGGGGGCGGCUGUGCUCGGGGACGAGUCUCUACUAGGGAAGAUGCUGAAGCUCUGCGGCGAGACGCAGGAAAAACUCGCUCACGAGCUCAUCUUGUUCGAGCUCACCAUCGAGAGGGACGUCGUCGACCCUCUCUACGACCUCGCGGAGGUGGAAAUCCCAAAUAUCCAGAAACAAAGGAAACAUUUAGCGAAGCUGGUCCUGGACAUGGACUCAGCGCGCACACGGUAUUAUCAGUCCACAAAGUCUUCAGGUCUGUCCAGCAACCUGCAGCCAUCGGGAGCCAAGGCCGACCACCUCAGGGAAGAGAUGGAGGAGGCAGCCAACCGCAUGGAGAUCUGUCGAGAUCAGCUAUCGGCUGACAUGUACAGUUUUGUGGCCAAAGAAAUGGACUAUGCAAGCUACUUCCAGACACUGAUAGAAGUCCAGGCAGAGUACCACAGGAAGUCAUUAGAGCUGCUUCAGAGUGUGCUGCCUCAGAUCAAAGCUCAUCAGGAGACCUGGGUGGAGAAGCCGUGCUACGGGAAAGCAUUAGAGGAGCACUUAGCGCUCAGUGGGAGAGAUAUUGCCUUCCCCAUCGAGGCCUGUGUCACCAUGCUGCUGGAGUGCGGCAUGCAGGAGGAGGGUUUGUUCAGAAUCGCUCCGUCGGCCUCCAAACUGAAGAAGCUGAAGGCGUCUUUGGACUGCGGCGUGAUGGAUGUUCAGGAGUACUCUGCAGACCCUCACGCCAUUGCAGGGGCUUUGAAGUCCUACCUGCGGGAGCUCCCUGAGCCGUUGAUGACAUACGAGCUCUACAACGACUGGAUCCAGGCCUCCAACAUUCAAGAUCAAGACAAGAGACUGCAGGCUCUCCUCAACGCCUGUGAGAAACUACCCCCAGCCAACAACAACAACUUUAAGUAUUUGAUCAAAUUCCUCUCCAAACUGACUGAAGAUCAGGAUGUGAACAAGAUGACGCCUGGAAACAUCGCUAUUGUCCUCGGACCGAACCUGCUGUGGAUGCACAACGAAGGAAACAUCCCAGAGAUGAUGACCACAGUUUCCCUGCAGAUCGUCGGCAUCAUCGAGCCCAUCAUCCAGCACGCCGACUGGUUCUUCCCUGGAGAAAUCGAGUUCAACGUCACGGGGAACUACGGAAGCCCGGUCCACACCAACCACAACUCCAACUACAGCUCGAUGCCGUCUCCGGACAUGGAGCAGAUGGAGCGGAAGCAGAACGACCAGAGUCGACGGCCGCUCAGCGUCGCCACGGACAACAUGAUGCUGGAGUUCUACAAGAAGGACGGUACUCUAAAGAACAAGGAGCUGUCUCCAGUGAUCGGACAGAAGGGACUCCAGGGGACGAUGACCUCUAGUGGGCAGUCUGAUCACAGCCCACUCACCCUGAGGAGAGCUAAGAAGCUGGCCCCGAUCCCACCUAAAGCCCCGUACUGCCAGUCAGGAGCCAUGUCGGACCAGUCGACAGGUCAGCCGUCUCCAGUCAGCCUGUCGCCCACCCCUCCCAGCACGCCCUCCCCAUACAGCUUCAGCUACCCACAGGGAUACGCCACCAUCGGCUCCCCGGGACAGAUCCAGAUGGCCACCAACCCGUGUCUCUCCUCUCCACCCUCGCUGGCCGGGACUCUCACCAAGACUCGGCCGACCCCAAAGCCUCCUCGACAGAGGCCCAGCUUACCUCCUCCUCAGCCCCCCAGCACGCCGGGCACCAGCCCCCAGCCUCUGGACCAUUCCACAGGCCUCCUGGACGGUUUGUCUCCUGGGGAAAGCAUGUCCACAGAUUCUCUCUGCAACUUGGACAUCCCCAUCAUUGACGUGGACCUGGACUGUAUUUUUGACUUGCCCCACAUCGCCCCCUUCAGGAACUCAGUGGCACCGUUUGAGUCGUCCAACAGCAGAGCCGAGUCGGAGGAAGAGUCCGAGAGUACAGUGCUAUGACGCCACUGAGUCCCC